AUGAUGGAAGGGCCAACGCAAGAGCUAACGCAGCCAUGUGCUGAUCCUCGACGCAUGGGAUUGCAUAACUCCGGCGUCCAAGAUGAAGAUUUGGCCGACAUCGUAUGCAUCCUUCAUCCAAAUUCCCAUGCUGCUCAUGAUGCGGUCGGUGCGACUGCAAAUCUACAUCCACAGCAUAUUCUCCAAAGAGACAUACUUGAAUAUGAAUCAUCACCUCACACGGCAGCGUUGGACGUGGCGUUGCGGCUCUCGUCGAAAGUCCAUGACUUGAAUCUCGGCUUCUGUUUUGGUCGCAAUCGCGGUCGUUGUGAUGUUCUCCUGACUACGGAUGAUGUAGCGAAACGAGUGUCCAACACUCACUUUCGCAUUUAUCUCACGGUUGAUGGCAUUCUCAUGCUCCAGGACACCUCAACGAACGGUACCCUCGUUGACAACUGCCGCCUGCGGAAAGCUCAGAAAGAGAGUAGUCGAAUGCUCACGAAUGGGUCUGUCAUCCAGGUCGUUGCGAGUCAUGGCGAUGAGGUCCGAUUCAUCGUGCGGAUUCCAUCACGAGAGGGAUUCGCCGUCCAAUAUCAGCAAAACCUCUUUCGUUAUUUCGAACGCGUUCAAGCACAUGCCCCGGCGCAGACAAAUAGACAGGGCCAAACUCCGUCCGCUUUGACGUGGUCAUCCGCCAACGCUUAUGGUAUGCAUUGGUCUGGUGGUGCAAUGUACAAUGUGACCGGGCAGAUUGGGAAAGGUGCUUUUGCUACAGUUUACAAGAUCGCAACCAAGCAACACGGUGCCAUUUACGCCGCGAAAGAACUGGAUAGGCGCCGCUUCAUGAAAAACGGUAUUUUGGAUCACAAGGUCGACAAUGAGAUGAAAAUUAUGAAAGACCUCAGACAUCCGAACAUUGUACAAUAUAUCGAUUACCACGAGCAUGACCGUUGGAUCUACAUCAUUAUGGAGUACGUUCCAGGCGGGGAGCUUUCCACAUACCUACAAAGUCAAGGAAGGAUUCCGGAGGAGAUGGUGAGGACAAUCGCGCGACAAGUAUUGCGGGCGCUUCAUUAUUUGCAUAAACGCCGCAUCACCCACCGGGAUAUCAAGCCAGACAACAUUUUAAUCGCCUCACUAGAUCCGCUAAGAAUCAAGGUUUCCGACUUUGGCUUGUCGAAAGUUGUGGAGCAAGAGACAUUCUUGAAGACCUUUUGCGGAACGCUUCUUUACUGUGCGCCGGAGGUGUACCCUGAUUACGAACAAUAUCGACCCCGCGAGUUCCGCAAGAGGCGCCGCGUUGGAGACCCCCCUUCUAAACCAUCCCCGUACGAUCAAUCUGUCGAUAUCUGGUCUCUUGGAGCAGUACUUUACCAUCUCUUGUCUGGCGUCCCGCCAUUUACAGGGCGUGCAGAAGACCGAGGUGCCACGAUGCUUCGGACAAUCAUGACAAGCGGCCCCGACUUCAACGCCUUACGUCGUGUGGGAGUGUCUGAGUAUGCCAUCGAUCUCAUCCUCAUGCUUCUCGAUAUUCAUCCGCAGUAUCGGCCAACCGAAAAGCAGUGUUUCCAACAUCCUUGGAUUGCGGAAGUCCCCGAUGUGGAUGAAUAUGAGGAUGACGAUCUGCUUUCCGACCACCAAGAGCGUCUUUCUGUCAUUGGCGAGGAUGCCGAGGACGAGCUAGAUGCUUCACAACUGUCAAUUGCGGAUAAUCUUGAGUACGCUCCCCAUGCCGAGGGGGAAAGUGGCGGUAGCAGUGAGGCAGUCUUCAAAAAGCAGCGAAUCGAGUACUUGCCCGCGGACAUACACUAUCCCAGCCUUCCGAACAUCGAGAGCUUUCAAGACAGCCAGGCCGCUGUGGACAACCAUGCCAGGCGUUUGUUUGGCGAGGUUUCUGCCUCAGCCUUGCGGAGCUCCCACGCACUUGGCGACAUGGAUUCAUACGACGCCGAUGAAAUGAACGCCGACCUAGGCUCUUCUGGUGAGUCGUUGAUGACCGAUGAUCCGAAUGAAUCGAUCAUUUCCCUCCCGGCAGUACCCUUCGGUGGCACCGCGCCUAGUUUGAUGGGCGCGGAGAGACUCGUUGGGCAACUCAACAUGAAUUCUUUGCACCCAAUUCUCCAACCCAAGGGUGGCGUGGUUAACCGAUCGACCCUUCGGCAGACCAGUCCUGGACGCAGCAAGGACCCACAGCGAACUAGUACGGUCAACAGGGAUUCUGUUCCGCCCACUUCCAGCCCUGACGAACAAUCCGUUUCGAGCCCCCAAGAGCCCACGCCCAAAGCGAGAUUCACGCGUCGAAUUGACCUUGCACUCCCCGACACCGCCAGUGAGGCUUCCAGCGAGAAUAGUGGCCACUCAGAUCGUCGUGACCCUACGCCCAACGACCAGCCUCGUCCUUCCAAAUCACAAUACGAUGUCGACUUUGCCACAACCCUGGACGCUCACACAGGGCAAGCCAUUCUGGAUCAACUCCGUAGUGAAGAAUCAGACUCUUCAGACCCGAUUGUCCACCGGCUCAACUCCCCUUCCAUCCCCUCCACACCAUCGCAUCUCGGAUUUGCCAAACCAGCGAAGAGAUAUGGAAAAUUGAAAUCUCUCCCCGGCUCAAUCUUCGACCUGACCAUAUAUCUCGAAGAUCGACUCACCUCCUGGGGCCGAGGGCCAUUAGCGACGGUCAAGCAUGGCGAUCGUAUGGACACAAGAAUCCCCGCCUAUGCUCUCGAAGUCACGUUCUGGGCUCCAGGGAUUGAGGCGAAGAUUGCGGCGGGCGAAAAUUGGUUCGACAUCCCCGGCGUAAUGGCAAUUCUGUCCACAAAAGCGCGUCUCGGGAUCUGGGUCAACGAUACUCUCCUGCGCCGUGGCUCCAUAACCGCGGAGGGCCCCGAGGCUUUACAGUUCGGGAAGCUCUAUACGGGUGACGUUAUCACCGUGUACCAAAAUAAAGAGCGAACCAAGUUCCUCAAGUUCCAAUGUGACUUCACCCACGGCGAGAGCGCCCAGCCUCGACCCACGCACGAAGCCGGGUUUGUGGUGCGACAGGCGCUUAUGGCCAAGACCGAAGGAACGGCAAACCGAAUGCCGACUCGGUCACAAUGUAAGGAUCCGCAUUAG